UCUGCCCCAGGAUGCAGAAUAUGAUUAACACAGUGAAGGGAAAGGCACUGGAAGUGGCUGAGUACCUGACCCCGGUCCUCAAGGAAUCAAAAUUUAAGGAAACAGGUGUUAUCACCCCAGAAGAGUUUGUGGCAGCUGGAGAUCACUUAGUUCACCACUGUCCAACAUGGCAAUGGGCUACAGGGGAAGAAUUGAAAGUGAAGGCAUACCUACCAACAGGCAAACAAUUUUUGGUCACCAAAAAUGUGCCAUGUUACAAGCGGCGCAAGCAGAUGGAAUAUUCAGAUGAAUUGGAAGCUAUCAUUGAAGAGGAUGAUGGUGAUGGAGGAUGGGUAGAUACUUAUCAUAACACAGGUAUUACAGGAAUAACCGAAGCAGUUAAGGAGAUUACACUGGAAAGCAAGGAUAGUAUAAAACUCCAAGAUUGCUCAGCAUUAUGUGAAGAGGAGGAAGAGGAAGAUGAAGGAGAAGCUGCAGAUAUGGAAGAAUAUGAAGAGAGUGGAUUGUUGGAAACAGAUGAGGCUACCCUAGACACAAGGAAAAUAGUAGAAGCUUGUAAAGCUAAAACUGAUGCUGGAAAUGAAGAUGCUAUUUUGCAAACCAGAACAUAUGACCUUUAUAUCACUUAUGAUAAAUAUUAUCAGACACCACAACUAUGGUUGUUUGGCUACAAUGAGCAAUGGCAGCCUUUAACAGUUGAACACAUGUAUGAAGACAUCAGUCAAGAUCAUGUGAAGAAAACAGUGACCAUUGAAAAUCAUCCUCAUCUCCCACCACCUCCUAUGUGUUCAGUUCACCCAUGCAGGCAUGCUGAGGUGAUGAAGAAAAUCAUUGAGACUGUUGCAGAAGGAGGGGGAGAACUUGGUGUUCAUAUGUAUCUUCUAAUUUUCUUGAAAUUUGUACAAGCUGUCAUUCCAACAAUAGAAUAUGACUACACAAGACACUUCACAAUGUAACAAAGAACUUACAGUUUAUUCUAAUAAUUGGUUCUGAUUUUUAAAGAAUUAACCCAUAGAUGUGACCAUUGACCCUCUUCAUCAAUAUGUACAAUUUCUCUAAUAAAGGGACUUAUAUGUUUAUGCAUUAAAU